AUGCUGUACAAGGUUUUCAUCGCUCUCUCUGUCUACAUCUUCACCUUCCUGCUGGGUCUUCCUGCCAACUUGCUGGUCCUGUUUGUGUAUGUGCGCAAGGCCCGCAAACGUGGCGCCACACCCAACGUGGUCUACGCCCUCAACUUGUGCCUGGCCAACUUGGCACUUGUGGCUUGGCUGCCUGUCAAAGCUCUGGAGACUUUGUUUCAGGAGUGGAGGCUGCCAGCACCCGUCUGCCCCGUCUACAGCUUCUUCCUCUUCUCCUCACUGUAUGGCAGCUGCCUGUUCAUCACCGCUGUGACAGUGGGGCGCUACCUCAGCAUCGCAUUUCCAAUUAUCUACAAGAGAUACCGCCGGGCUCGAAUCUCUUGCUUCAUCAGUGCUGCAUUGUGGGCCUUUGUGUUCCUUCAUCUCAGUUUUGGCCUAGUGGCUGAGGGAGGGGCUAACUUUGUCUUCAUUAAGGAUGACACCUCAGCCUGCUACGACCACUUCAAUGCCUCCCAGUUGGCUUUUCUGCUGCCUCUGCGCCUGGAGAUGGCCAUCGUCUUGUUUCUAUUGCCUCUUAUUGUGACGUCUUUUUGCACGCUGCGCUGCGUUACCCUGGUGUGGCGCUCAAAUUUGCGCCCUAUGGGGAAGAGAAGAGCCCUGACUGUUGCACUGUCCACACUGGCUGUGUUUGUGGUGUGCUAUGCACCCUACAACGCCUCGCACAUAGUGGGGUUUGUGUUGAACAAAAAUAUUGAAUGGAGGACAUAUGCUAUGCUGACGAGCUCCUGUAAUGUUUUCCUGGAGCCUGCGGUCAUGCUGAUGCUGUCUCCAGCAGUGUCAAGGGGAAUCAUGGGAAGAAUCUGUGGACGGCAAAGCAUAUUCAGCCAUAUUGAGGAGUGUCAACAACGUUUUCAUAGCACUAAGGGUGUUGCAAAUGUCAGGGCGCCACCUACACAUUCUGACAGGAGCCAGGCAGGGGCCGAGGUGACUAAAAUAAGUCAGGAGUGA